AUGGUUGAUCCCGUUGAAUACGGCAUCAACACCCUCCGAGGAGCGUACCAGGCAGGAUCGCAAUUCCUUGACCGGUCCCAACAGCAGCUCACCGAAGCGCUAGGCCGGGUAGACUGGUCCCAGCCGGCCCCCGCCACCGUGCUUGUGCUGCUGAGGUCACCAGGUGCCCUGGUGUGGCAACGUAUCAUCGACUCAGUGUACCAGUAUCCGUUCCGUUACGGUGUUGGCCUUGGUGCCAUGUUGGUGGUAGGGCUAGGAGCGUACCGAGCUCGCACCGCCACCCCACCGAAAGCGCGUCGCCGGGUGCCCAAACUCGCAAAUGGUGCCCGGCGUGACGUGGUGCUUGUGGUGGGAUCGCCCACCGAACCGCUCACUCGCCUCAUAUGUCUUGACUUUGAAAAGCGAGGGUUUAUUGUCUACCUCACGUUGCUCGAAGCCAAUGACGUGCGCUACGUUGAAUCUAACCCCAUCACCGACGAUAUGAACUACUUGAACUUGUUCCUGGGCCAGGAACUGCUGCAAAACCUGACUAAUCAUCUCGAGUCUCAGAUUGGCCAAUUCGGUAAGUUAUUGCAACAGCCAGUGACGCCGUUCCCCGGGGCGUCGAGCCAUAAACUCCGGCUUGUGCUGGUAGUGUUCUCGCCGCUGCUCCACUUCCCGCUCGGCCCGGUGGAACUGACGGCGAUGUCGACCUGGACGCGGCUAAACACCCGCUUUGUGCUUACUUGUCAGCUAUUAGGAUGCGGCGUCAUCCAGUUAGUGCGGCGCCACGAAGCCAAGGUGGUGGUGCUUACCCCCACUAUCACGUCGCUGUUGCUGAUGCCGUACCACGCCGCCGAAACCGUGUACACCAACCAAACGCAGGCGCUCUUCACCACCCUCGCCCGCGAAAUGCGGCCGUUGGGGAUCCUGGUGACGCAAGUUCGCAUCGGUAACCUCCAUCUUAGCCAGCAAGUACAAGACCUGCGGCUUAAGAUCUCGCAGUUGGUGAACCUGGAGCUCUCGGCGUGGACGCAGGAGAUGAAGCAGUUGUAUGGCCAGCAGUUUGUCAAGCUGCAGUACCGCCUGCUCCCGAUCAAGGCCACCGGCGGUAAAGGCACGCGGUUGCGCGACUUGUACGCCAAGCUCUUCGACAUCAUUUACACUCCUGGCCGGGCCCCGGCGGUGGUGUACUGCGGCACCGGUGCCCGCGCCUACGACUACAUCACGCGGUGGUUCCCGCAGGCGUGGAUCGAUAUCUACCUCUAA